AUGGACAGAUCGAGAUCUAAACGAUACUAUUACGAACAGGACUAUGAAUCCGAAUCCCUACACUCGCGGAGCAAGCCGCGGUACGGCGGCGGCGGCGGCGGAGGCGGAGGAGGAGGAGGGAGUCACCAUUAUUCUCCGAACUACCACCACCGGCGCUCCUCCUCCUCCUCCUCCGGCGGCGGCGGCGGCGGCGGCGGAGGGAGGAAAAUGCAGGAUCCAUCUAUGAUGGUGACUACUAGCUACCGGAUUCUGUGCCACGACGUGAAGGCCGGCGGGGUGAUUGGGAAAUCCGGCAGCAUAAUCAAGGCAAUCAGGCAGCACACCGGAGCUUUCAUCAACGUCCACGAGCUGAUUCCGGGGGAUGAGGAGAGGAUUAUCGAGAUUUCCGAUGCCCGGCGGCGGGACCCGGAGGGUCGAAUGCCUUCCUUCUCGCCUGCACAGGAGGCCCUUAUGUUGAUACACGAGAGGAUUAUGGAGAGCGAGAUGGAAGAACAUGGCGAGUAUGGAGGCAGGGGAAGUGGUGGUGGUAAUAAUGGCGGUCGGGUGGUGACGAGGUUGGUGGUCUCGAGGAUGCACGUUGGGUGUUUGAUGGGGAAAGGAGGGAAAAUAAUCGAGCAGAUGAGGAUUGAGACGAGAACCCAUAUCAGGAUUUUGCCCAGAGACCAUAAUUUGCCGCGUUGUGUGGCGAUGUCGGAGGAGAUUGUUCAGGUUGUGUUAAUAAAUGUACCUUCUUCUUUGGAGCUUUCGAAAAUGGAGGUAGUUGGUGAUGUUAAUGCUGUGAAGAAUGCUAUAGCAAUAAUUUCGUCACGCUUGAGGGAGAGCCAGCAUCGAGAUAGAGGCCAAUUUACUAAUCGACUUCAUCCACCCGAUGAUUUCUACCCUGCCGAUGAUGAUUUCCAUGCACACAACAAAACAAGGCGUUCGUCUCUUGAAGGUCCAAGUUUUGGGUCGAGAUACUCUGAUUCUUCAAGGAACAACAAUUAUUCUUCACGUUCAUCUGGAUUCACCAGUGAAUCUGAACCCACUACACUAGCAGACAAUGCUCAGGGCUUCUCUGGCGAUAAUCUCGUCUUUCGCAUACUUUGUCCUGUUGACAAGCUUGAUAGCGUUAUUGGCGAGUCGGAUGGGAUUGUUGAUUUGCUUCAAAAUGAAAUAGGCGUGAAUGUUGAGGUUUCGGAUCUAGUUGAUGGCUCAGAGGAGCUUGUGAUAGUUAUAUCAUCUGACGAGGGUCCAGAAGAUGAGUUGUUUCCUGCGCAAGAAGCUUUGUUGCAUAUACAAACCCGCAUUGUUGAUCUUGUCCCAGAAAAAGAAAAUAUUAUUACCACCCGGUUACUUUUGCAAUCGGAUGAAAUUGGUUCUUUGCUUGAGCUGGAGAAAAUUGGCGGUGCAAAAGUAAAGAUCUUACCUAGAGAAGAGCUUCCUGAAGGUUUUUCAGGGGUACAUGAGAUUGUGCAGAUAUUUGGGGAGAUCAAGGCUGCCCGAGAUGCUCUGGUGGAGGUGACAUCAAGGGUUCGGAGUUACAUAUACCGGGAGUUCCUCGAGAAGGAUGUUGCUGGUCUUGUUGAACCGGAGGAUGUUUCUAGAAACAAUGCACUUCCAUCUUCAGAAAUCCCGGCUGGAAAUGGUCCCAUUUCAACUUCUAAGAGUUCAUCAGCUGCUGUAGCCCCUCCAAAAGCAAAGGACGUGGGGCCAACUAAUGUAGAGACAAAGCAAAACGAGAGUGAACGACGCGAAGAACUCCCCAGCGGAUUGAAUAGAAUAUCCGUACCACUUGUCACCAGAAGUACACUGGAAGUUGUUAUACCGCCUCACGCUGCAUCUGAACUCGCUAAGAAAUCAAGAAAGCUAGCUUUGAUAAGUGAGCUUUCGGGAGCAAACGUCAAACUUAUCGAUGACAGGCCAGAGACAACAGAGAAGAUCAUUCAAAUAUCAGGUACUCCAGAGCAGGCCGAGAGAGCUCAAAGUUUGCUUCAAGGGUUUAUUUUAAGCAGCACGCCGGUUAAGGUACUUGUAUUCCUGUCUGUACCUUGUCGUUUGCGAUUUGGUCAUGAUCAACUACCAUCUGCUCUCUCUCCGCACGCGAGCAGCUCAAAAAUGCCGUUUUGCAACGUGGGCGCGCGCGUCAGCGACGAUGGGCGCGCGCCGAAUAGCAGCCGCGGGAUCAAGAUUUUCUACCGGACCUACGGCCAAGGACCCGUCAAAGUUCUCAUGAUCAUCGGUGAUCCAUUUGAUUCCCCUCUUUUCUCGUUUCAGCAGAAAAUUGAUCUGUUCUGCCUUUUCAAGAUGUGUUUGGCUGGGACCCAUGAUUCGUGGAGCCCGCAGAUAAAGGGCUUGAUCGGGAGUGUGAACCCGAACGACGAUAGGUCGCCGGACGCCGGGGAUCUGAACGGUGGUGGGGUGGCCGGCGUGGAGGUUUGCGCCUUUGAUAAUCGUGGAAUGGGUCGGAGCUCCGUUCCCACCAAAAAAUCCGAGUAUACGACUAAAAUUAUGGCAAAAGAUGCAAUAGCUGUAAUGGAUCAUUUGGGGUGGGAAAAAGCUCAUGUAUUUGGCCAUUCAAUGGGUGGUAUGAUUGCUUGUAAGCUUGCUUCCAUGGUGCCUGAAAGAGUUUUGUCUUUGGCUUUGUUAAAUGUUACUGGUGGAGGUUAUGAAUGCAUACCAAAGUUGGAUCGUCAAACUUUGUCAAUUGCAAUGCGGUUUCUGAAGGCUAAAACUCCUGAGCAGAGGGCGGCUGUUGAUUUAGAUACUCAUUAUUCGCAGGAAUAUCUUGAAGAGUUAGUUGGACAAAAGACCAGAAGAUCGAUUUUAUACCAAGAAUAUGUAAAAGGAAUAUCAUCAACUGGCAUGCAAUCGAGUUACGGAUUUGAUGGUCAGGUUAAUGCCUGCUGGACCCAUGAAAUGUCACGAACUGAAAUCGAGUCUAUUCGUGCGGCUGGUUUUCCUGUAUCUGUAAUUCAUGGCAGGCAUGAUGUUAUAGCUCAAAUGUGCCAUGCAAAGCGACUCGCAGAGAAAUUGUAUCCCUGUGCAAGAAUGGUCGAGCUUAAUGGCGGCCAUCUUGUGAGCCAUGAGAGAACAGAAGAGGUCAAUAGAGCUCUUUUAGAGUUGAUCAGGGCAUCACAAAGUGUGGUGAAACUACAAGAAUGGACAAAUUUGUCCAAUAAAAGCAGUGGGUCUAAAUCUACUCGGAUAUCAUUAUGGAAAUCAGUCGGUUCAUCCUUUAUAGUCGAAAGUGUACAGAAGCUACAUAUUUUCUUACUUUACUUAUUCGGCCUUUUUGUGUUCGCAUUCGAGCACUUUAGAAGAGGCGUAAGGAGGCUUAAUCCUCAAACAAUUGCUUUUCUUCUUGCUGAGCUUUUCCAAAUCACACACUGCGCAAAGAUGGAAACUUUAGCUUCUGACGUCACAGCUGACGCCCCAAACAAAUGGGAUUUCAGUUGCAACUUAGAGGUAGAUUAUGAUACUGAAGAAAUUGCCCGCAUGGUUUAUGCUGCAUUGGCCGUAGAUAAAGAGUUGCAACCCGAUAAGGUGAAAAGGGAGAUGUCAGUUUCAGGUGGAAAGCUUUCCGUUCGCUUUGAGGCAAUCGAAGCAAGAUUCCUUCGUGCAUCUUACAGUGCAUUUGUGGAUAUUCUUACGCUUGCCACAAAGACGGUUGAAGAGUUUGGUAAAGAGAUAAAAUUGUGACGAUUUUGAAUUUUCAAGUGUACCUGUGGAGACAUAUUCACUUGUAACCUUGCGAUUCGCAGUUUCUGUAUUUUAGACUAUUUUAUUACUCAUUUAUAUUCUCCAACUAAUUAUUUUGCUAAAGUCUCAAUAGUACAUUUAAGAGAUCCAUUCAUAUCUAUAAUUCUCUCUUAAUUUAGACUAUUUUAGUACUCAUUGGUGUUUUCAAACUAAUUAUUUAGCUGAA